AUGCGGCGCCUCUUUUUCUCUCCGCGCGCUCGAGGCGGAGUGGAGUCAAGCUUGCGCCGAGAGGCGACCGCGGAUAGGGGCGCUUCUGCAGCUGCUGCUGCGUCGCCGUUCCCCGCUGGCGCGAGGUCCUGGAAGGAGAAGGCCUGCGAGCAGGUGACGCAGGCGGCGAGCGCCGCUAGCCGAGAGAAGGAGCGCAUCAACAGCGUCGCCUUUAACCAAGAUGCCUCCUGCGUCGCGCUGGCGACCUCGCGCGGCUUCGUCAUCUAUUCCACUGAGCCGCUGCAAAAAACGUUCGCGCGAGAUUUGACAAAUGACUUUUGGAAGAGCUCGCAGGCCUGGGAUCCCGGCCUCGAUGAACAGACAGAGAAGGGGUUGCUGAUCGCCGAGAUGCUUUUUACUUGCAACAUCCUCGCGCUUGUCGGAAGUCAACCCUCGGCGCUUUACUGGCCUAAGCGUCUGCGAGAAGACCUCGAGCGCGAGACGCGUUGGAGCGGAGAUGCCUGCGUCCUCUGGGAUGACCGGCAGGAAAAAGUCAUCGCGCAGCUGCAGUUUCACUCGCCGAUUCGAGGAGUUCAAUUGCUCAAAGAAGUGUUGCUCGUGAUGCUCACAGAGAAGCUCUGCGUGUAUCGACUGCGAGACUUGCUGCUACUCGACACGAUAUCCACAGCGCCGGAUCCAGGGGCGAUCUGCGCCGCUGCGUCGCUGCCUUCUUUCGCCUCAGCCUCUUCUUCUUCUUUCUCGUCUUCGUCUUUUUCUCGCAAAGAUCAGUCUUCUGGAGGUCUCGGCUUGUCUUCUCACGUCCUCGUGGCCUGUCCCGCGCUUCAGACGGGACAGGUACAGCUGCUGGUGUACGGCGAAGAUCCCGGCGCGCCUGCGCACUGCAGCAGCUCCCUCGGCUCUGCGGACUCCGCCACGAAUUUUCUUCUUUCCUCUUCUGCGUCGAAUUUCCUCUACUUCCCAGGCGCACACACGAACGCGCUCGCGUUCCUCUGUUUGAGCAGCGACGGCGCGCUGCUUGGCACAGCUUCGGCGCGCGGCACGCUGCUGCGCGUCUUCAGCGCGAAGACGGGCGAUUUCCUUAUUGAAUUCCGCAGGGGCAGCAACCCGGCGAGCAUCACAUCGAUGAGCUUCAGUCCGGACUUGCGGUUCCUCGCCGCGUGCAGCGGGACUGGCACAACGCAUGUCUACAGGCUCUCAACCGAGGCGGCGUGCGACGGGGCCUCGCGCCCGCCGGCGAGCCGCGCUGGCGGCGGCGAGCCGCACGCCUCGUCGCGCAGCGAAGCCGCGCAGGAGUCGCCGAAGGAGGGCUCCAAGAGCGGAUUCUUCGGCGCCCUCGGCCCCUAUUUUCAACACCAGUGGAGUUUCGCUCAGUGGAGGCUGCCUUCGAAGGACUGCGCGGCUAUCUGCGCCUUCGCGCAGCACGAGCGCGACACGCUCUACGUGAUCAGCGCCGAAGGGCACUUCUACAAGCUUCGGCUUGACCCUGUGAACGGCGGCGUGAUGACGAAAGUCCUCUGCGAGUCUCUGCUCCCCCCCUGA